AUGGGUAGAUAUUCGGUGAAGAGAUACAAGACUAAAAGAAGAACACGAGACUUGGACCUGAUCUAUAACGAUUUGUCCACCAAGGAAUCAGUACAGAAGCUUCUGAACCAGCCAUUGGAUGAAACCAAACCGGGCCUUGGUCAGCACUAUUGCAUACACUGUGCCAAAUACAUGGAGACUGCUAUAGCGUUAAAAACGCAUUUAAAGGGCAAAGUGCACAAAAGAAGAGUCAAGGAGUUGAGGGGUGUCCCUUACACACAAGAAGUCUCUGAUGCUGCUGCGGGCUACAAUUUGAACAAGUUCUUGAACCGUGUACAGGAGAUCACGCAAUCGGUGGGUCCGGAGAAGGAAAGUAAUGAGGCCUUGCUGAAGGAGCAUUUGGACAGUACCUUGGCAAACGUCAAAACAACAGAACCUACUCUACCGUGGGCGGCUGCUGAUGCCGAGGCGAAUACCGCUGCCGUAACAGAGGCAGAGUCUACUGCCUCAGCCAGUACUUAA